AUGGCGCAAAUUCAGAUUCUGGAAGGACCAAACCUGGAAGUUUGGUCGAGUUCGGUCCUUCUACAUAGCUCUACAUAUGUACAAAAGUUUGUGUCACUAGCAAUGAAUAGGGGCUUUCACCAGCAAUUCAAGGACGAUGAGUUUCAAUAUUGCAUCAUCGUUCAAGGCCCAGAUCCUGUUAGCGAAGAUCUACUCUCCGUACACAGUCAUGAUCCUAGGGCUGAGGAUUGCUUGCUAUGUCCUGUCAACAAUGUUCAGGAAGCCAGUGCCGAAUACCGCACGAUCGUCACACAAAAUUUUCUCGGUUCAGAGUUGACUAACAGCCAGUUCGGGAUCCGUCGUGAUGACACUCGACCUGUUUCUACGGAAUCUGCAUUUUUUUUCUACGACUCGCUUUCUGGACCAGUCGUCUCCUCUUCCGAUGAGAAUAUUUCAAUUUCGGCUACCUUUGAUAAUCUGAAGUUGAAUGACCCCUUGGCAAAUGCUGUGAAUCUUCCGAGUUCAAAUCCUCCUGCUCCGCCGCUUCUUCAGCUACCAACGUCACCUUGGCGUUCAAGACCAUCAUCUCCGAGUUCAACAUAUAGCUUUGAAAAAUCUCCCUUAUGGACGAUGGAUGGUGAAGUUUCACCCUGUUCACCUGUUCCCGGAUUCGCUCGGGGGCCCGAUACACUUGACGACAAUGAGAGAUCUCCUAGCGUCUCCAGCUUCGCAUCUGAAGGAUAUUUUAUCGAUCCGGACAGGGGCCGUGGAAGUAGUGUGGUUUCUGAUGCUUCAGAAUCCUCUUCUGAACACAUCGAUCCUCGAUUUUUGGGCCCCGAUAUUCAAUCCAGUACUAUUUGCGGACUGCCAUUCUGUUUCAACUCUCAAGGGUCUGAGGGUGAUGAAGGCCGGAUUCGGCAUACUCAGGUGGCAACCAAAAAGACAAGGAUGGCAAGCGAAAAACGAAGGAAGAAAGGCGCCAGAUUUCAUUGUAAGGUUCCAGGCUGUCAUGGUAGUUUUACCGCAAAGCACAACUUAAUCAUGCACUCAUUGCCAGAGGAAAUUCAUCACGAGUGCCGUGUUGAAUCGUCAUAUUCGCGCAUGCUGUCCCAGGACCUCGGUAAAAUAGCAUCAUUAGACCGCGGAAAUCAGAUGCGCAUCUCCAUUCAGGUAUUCAUACUGGUCAGUGGUGACCUGGUCCUAGUCCUGGCAAACAGGCGAAGUUUCAAUGCAAGUUUCAAUGAUUUGUCGGUUCUCCGAUUCGAUCCGUCGAUGCUCAGAGUCACGAAUGUUUAUGUAGUAGCCUCCGGUGGCUCAGUUCUCACUUCCGAAUUUGCCGCACACCAGGUCGCAUCGACGUGGAAACUGAGCGGGGCUAUUAUUGUGUAG